UAGUGUGCGUGACAAUCAAUCUUCGGAUUUUUAGGUCGGUGUUUUGACGAUAAAAUUGAUAGUGACCAAAACAAAACAAGUCGCGGUGUGUAUAAUAUAUGGAUUAUGGAACAACGCCCCCUUAUUGAUGUGCAAAAAGUGAUUGUCGUUGAUAAUCCUAAAUAGAUCAUCAUACUUCUAACGACAGAAUCUAUUGAAGUGUAAUAUGUGUACCUGCGAAAACUGAUCGUUGAUACUGUGAAAAGUCAGAAUUUUGUUGGCUUCUCUCCACUACUGGUGAUUUCGCUGCUUACGAGGUAUGGUAAGCAAGUUAUAUUGUGAUAAAAAAGUGAAAAAAAUGCAACAAUCACCUGAAUGCGAUUUUAACGCAAUGAGGUUGUGAAAAUCUGCCAAUGCUUGAAAUUCCCUGCCUCAAUUAGCUUAAUCGAGUCGUGCCGGUUGUCGUCUUCGUCUUGUAUCUUGUCUAUUUCGUCAAAGUCGAAGCCGGCCGGCUUGCUUUGCCUCCUCGUCGUCGUCGUCGUCAUCAUCGUUUCGUCUCUUGCGGGAACGAUCAAUGUACGGUAUCCAGGAACUGGGUAGCUGGGUUGCCCUCGAGAGUUGCAGUGAAUGAAGUGCAGUGUUCGUUCCGGAUGUAAUCUUUAUGGGAAAGUGAAGCUCCUGUCAGGCGGCAAUAUAUGCGUACGAGGAAGCACAGUAAAGGAAUUUUCAUGGGACUCUGGAUUUAACGCAGUUAGUAUUCGCCGGACUCAAUAAGACAGCAAACAAACCCAUCUCCACUAUGAAAAGCAUCAUGAUGUCGCCACCCACGAGUAGGUGGCGAACAAUAACUCUCCUAUCUGCAGUAUUAUUAGCCGUCACCGUUAACGGUCAAACCACGAUCGGCGCCAGCGUGGUGAUCGAUCCGCAGGACCUUACAUUAAUAAUCGAUGAAAGUACAGACAUUCUGGUGCGCUUUCGAGGUCCGCUAACGCAGAACAUCCAGUUUAACUUUUCCUCCGAUCACGAUCAGUACGUAAAGGUGACGCCUUCGCUGUUCUCGGUCGAUGCACCCACUAACGGGUUCAUCGACAAGGCAGUCUCCGUAGACCUAGAACCACUAUCGCCCGGUCAGUUUGACCUGGUGGGUCACAUAAUUCCGGCCGGGUUGAUUGAUGAUGCCAAGGCGUUUAUCAGGAUUACUGUGGCAAAUUCCGGCACGCUUGUAUACGUGGCCAUCGUGAUCGGAUGGAUUUACUUCGUGGCCUGGACAAUCUCGUUCUGGCCCCAGAUGAUCAUCAAUUUCCGACGAAAGAGCGUGGUGGGACUUUCGUUCGAUUUUCUAGCGAUGAAUCUACUCGGGCAUACGUUGUACGCUAUCUUCAACUGCUCGCUCUAUUGGAACGAUCACGUGGAACAGGAAUACUUUGAUCGAAAUCCGCGAGGAUUGAACCCUGUCAUCGCCAACGAUGUAGCGUUUUCGAUACAUGCUUCAUUCGCCACGUUCCUGACGGCGCUGCAGUGCUUUUUCUAUGAGAGAGGAGAGCAGCGCGUGUCGUACAUUGCACAGGGCAUUUUGAGCAUAUUUGCGAUAGUGAUUAUCAUCUCUGGAAUACUGGUCGGAACAGGACAUUGGCAUUGGUUGGAUUUUUUGUACUGCUUGAGCUACAUUAAGCUGUCGAUUACGCUCAUCAAAUACGUACCGCAGGCGGUACUGAACUUCAGGCGGAAGAGUACGGUAGGAUGGAGUAUUGAAAAUAUCCUACUUGAUUUCACCGGGGGCAUGCUGAGUAUGCUACAGAUGAUACUUAAUGCAUACAAUUAUGAUGAUUGGGCAUCAAUUUUCGGUGAUCGAACGAAGUUUGGUUUGGGGUUAUUCUCUGUUCUGUUUGACAUUCUUUUCAUCAUACAACACUACGUGUUGUACAGGAAUCGCACGGAACUCAAAACACUGGAGGAGGAUUCUAGCAACAGCGCCGCCGCUGGCAGUAAGUCGAGCCUGCCGUAGUAGUAGGAGUCUCUCGGUUCAGUGACUGUCCCGUCUUAGCCGUUACGUUGCCAUACGUUUUAGUCUGGUUGCAUCAAGUACAGCUUGCUUGCUUGAUACUAACCUAAACGACAAACGCUACGUUGUAUCUUUACAACUGAUUUACUUCAGGACUGCUUGUAGGUCCGCUGUAGUGCUUCAUCGUACAGAGUAGGCUAGGGGAUCAGCAAAUUCCACUAUUUAGUUGCUUUUUAGGUUUUUUGUGGACGAUACAAAAGUUCAUUACAUGGCGACCCUGACAGACUUGCGGUGACGUGAGCGACCGACCCCUUGACAGAGGCUGGUUUCUAUGAUUUCAGUCGUUUAGAUUUUAUUUGUUUUUUUUUUAUUUAUUGUACAAAUAAAUAUAUAACCAAUUGUU